UGCAAUUUGUGAUCAAGAGGAGUACAAAAUGCUUCUUUUUAGAAGCAUUUCACUUGAGAUACUCAUAAUACUGGUGGUUCGUAAUUCGUACGCUCAAGAUGAGUACGGUUAUGAUGAUUCAGGAGAAACUUCUGAAUACAACGAAGCAGAGGAGCAUGGUCAUCCGGAUUACUCCAAAUACUUUUCAGUCGAUGGACCUGCCCAAAGCCUUCCUUUAUCCGGCUUCGGAGCGUCCGAAUUUUCAGGUGCUUUUUCACAAUUGCCCGUCGAAUUUGCAGGCACCAAGAAAACCGAGAAAAUCUUAACCGUACCACCACUGAAUUUCGUACCGCAAGUACAACAGACCCAACCUUUGCCGUAUUUUACUCCAAUACAGCAGAACACGAACCAUCAUUUGAGCGCUCCUUUGAGGGAUUUCUUUGAAGAAGCACAGAAAUCUCAAAGCCAAGAAAAGGAAGACUACAUCAAACCCGGACCCAGUUACAUAUCCCACGCGUUACCAAUCGUUAAAAGUUUCGCAGAAGUCAACACAGUCGGCCCAGACCAAGUCGAAAGAAUCCCACCCAGGCCGAACAAGCCCAAUAAAUCGAACGAUGAAGACGAAGUAGCAGUAGAAGAUGGGGAUAAAGAUGAUGAACACGUCGAAUCCGGCGAUAGCAACCCUAACGACAAAUACGGUUUGGAAUUAUUGAGGAAUUCUAAACCUUUCGUUGAUUACAACAUUGGAAAAUCCAGCUCUACUAUAUCCCAAUAUCCUUUGGCACAAGGUCUUACCGGUGCCCAACCCAAACUAACACCUUAUCAAAAAUUCAGUUUCCAACCAAUAGUGCAAGCGUCUCGCCUCUUACCCGGAAAAUACAUAGACACUCAAAACAUAAAACCUUUCAAUCCAAACUACAUAAAGAAAAAUAACCCAAUCCUCGAAUCUCAACCGUCAGAAAACGUUCCCAGCCAUCUUAAAGACCACAACUGCAGGAAAGUAGAAGGCGGUGAUUCCAAGGGAAUGAACUGCUUCGUUUGCGUAAAUGAUGACACCAACUCAAAAUACACCCAAUGCUCUUACAGCGCUGAGAAGGAGCCAGUCGAUUACUACUCCAGUGCAUCCGAAAGAUACUCCGCUCCGGCGAAAGAAGGACAUUUCCGAUUCAGGCGGUACGUAAACAAGAAAACAGAUCCUUACCACACGAUCAGGGAGCGAUCCAGAAAAGCCUACGACGAACCGAGCAUUCCAGAAGACUACAGCGCAGGCUUCAACUACGAACCGGAAUCGUACGAGCACAGCCCGUCCGAGGUGAGCUUCUCCGAACAACAAUCCGAAGAACUGAAGAAGAAUCCGCAGAAUUGCAAACAAGUCGAUAAAGAUGGUUCGACUUGCACUGUUUGCAGGAAUCCAAAAACCGGCGCCAAUUACGAGCAAUGCUCGUACACCUCCCAACCGCAGGAGAAGAAGUACGCCUAUGUGAAAGAAAAAAAAUACGAUAGCGACGAUGAACCGGAGGAAAGCAAAGUGAAACCACAAGCUGCUGCAGCGCCUAAAUCGGAUUUAAAAGUUGAGACUACCCAGCCUGAACCGGAUACAAAGUUGCCCACUAAAGAAUUCGAACCAACUGAAGAUUACGACGGGCAAAUAAAGCAAAACUCAAGGAAACCGAGAAAGCGCGAUAACGAUAACGACGACGACCCGUUACAUUACGAAACCUACGAGAAAAACCGGAAGAAAAGCCAACAAAAUUUCUUAAACGACAAAUACGAAAUUCCAAACUACUUCGCCGAAAGCGUGAUAAACGAAUCGAAGGACGAUAAUAAAAAGGAAGAGGAAGAAGACGAGGAAGUCAAAGACUACGAAGACUACCACUACAAAUUAUUCCCCGAAUACACCAAAGAGGAAUCGAAACGCGACGAAGCCAACGAAGAUUACCAAAUCCCAGAAUCUACGAAACAUAACGUCGAGGAAGUCCUGGCCGAGUUCACCAAAAAAGACAGAUCCAAGUGCAAGAAAUCCGAGAAAAACGGCAUGACGUGCUUCCUGUGCGUCGAUCAGAAUAACAUUCAACACGAGGAAUGCAUGUUCAUUCAGGAAUCUAGGCCGAAAUCGUCGCACGUCGCCUACCACGAAUUGAAAGGCAUCAAGAAACUCGUCGACGAUGCACCAACGGAAGAAUCCAACAACAAACAGGUAAUAUCGAAAGAACCCCAGCAACAAGAAGCAUCCGAAGCAUCCGAAGUUCCUUUAUUGAUCGCCGCUGCAUCGGAAACUCUGGAAGAGAAGGUGCCGUUCGAGGAAGCGAAGCAAACGAACGAGAAGAGAAGAAGGCCGAAGAAGUACAAGAAGAAGCAAUCGCCGCCGGAAGUCGAGCCCACGAUAAAAACCCCGACGGAAUUCGAUGUUGGUGGUGAAGAAGGCGCCUUCAGCGCCGAAACCAAACCGGUUUACAGUAAGGUGCACGGCGAAGCCCUUCCGAAAUACAUGGUGGAAAGGUCCGAAUACGAGCAAGAAUUCGACGCAUUCUCGGGUGCUUACUGAAGAAAUUUCGUCAAUUUGUUGUGAUAUCAAAAUUUCUUGUAAAAUAUUUUUACAAAAUUUUUUGUUGUUAUAUUGUUACAAAUACAAAUUAC